GUGGGGAUGGUAAACAUUCGAUGUCAGUGUUGCGUAUCUGUACCUUCCACUUAUCUUUUAUUAUUGUAUAACAACAAGGCAGUUAUUUUACUCAUUUAACCUCGUGAAUUAUUGUGGAAGAGGAAAGCUGAAAAGGUAUUGUGAAGGUUUGGUUUGUUGGAGAUAAGAUUCCAGAGAUCCGAACGUUAAGCUCAGGAACUGAUCGAGUUCAUCGAUGAAUAGAAAAAAUAUACGCGUAUAUUCGGUAUACAUGCGCAACUGAUGUGUCUUUGUUGUUCAAUAUUAUAAGUUCAUUUGUGUCACUGUAACAUUGUUGUAUAAAAGAAGGAAUUUUGGGUCUGAAAAAAGCAACGAGCUGACAUCUGAAAAUUUACAUAUUAUUGAAAACAGCUAAGUUAGCCCGUACAUACUAAUGAGAUAUGCAGAUGCGUAUAAUUAUCCUUAUGCGCAUAUUUGCGCCAUUUAGAUGUGAAUACAUGUCUGAAGGUUACAUUUAUACGCACUUUCUUUCAAAUUUAUGUGCAUUUUUUUUAGUAUUUUGGUUGACGUAUUUCUAAUCAUGAGCGGUACUGAGUGAUCUUCUGUAUGUUACAUUUCAUAUUUCAAACUUUCUGUAACUACUCAGGUCAACUAGAUUGAGAAAAAUCAGUCUGCAGGCACUGAUAAAACCCAAUUGAAUUCCAGCCUAUGGUUUCUCUCUUUAACCUUUUUAGUUGUAUUUCCCAAAAGUGACUAACAUGUAACUUCUUCUUUAUGAUAACCAUUCGACACACAGUAAGCAGGUAAUGAGAAUAUUAAAACUUAUCAGAAAAACAUUUUUAUCUUGAUCUAACACCAGUAGGUGAUAGCAACAUACCUCUCAUUUACAAGAAAAUGUUUAGCAGCUCCAUGGGGGGGGGGAAUUAAUCCAUGUAACAAUCAGAUCUUGGGAGUUAAAGUUGAAGAGCUAAGGAGGUGCUCACUUUUGAGAAGUUACAUUUACAGACACUAAUGAAUUACUACCUUCACCAUUUGUUUUACUGUUUUGUCAUUUCAUGUUUGAUGUUUUUGGUGAUCAACAGCUAUUGAAGGCAGCAUAACGGUGAUGGCUGAUUUAGCAGAAGAUCAUGAAAACCAAUUAAAAUAUUUAAGAUGUGGACACUCAGAUCACCUGUUGAAGUCUAUCAACAGACUACGAAAGGAAAGGAAGCUGUGUGAUAUCACUUUAAAAGUUGGAGAAAAAGAGUUUUCCGCCCACCGUGUAAUCCUGAGUGCUUGUAGUGAUUAUUUCUGUGCCAUGUUUACUGGCAAUAUGGAGGAAAGUCACAAGUCUGUGGUUGAACUUCAUGGUCUAGACUCAGACACUAUGGAAUUUAUUCUGGACUUUGUAUAUACUGAGACAAUUCAAGUUAGUGUUGAGAAUGUACAAGCCCUGCUUCCUGCUGCAUGUCUUCUACAGUUGACAGGUUUGUUUAACAGUUGUUUAACCCUUUCAUUCCUAGCAGUGACCAAGACAUACUUUCUCCUUACCAGAUCAAUACAAUAUCAAGCAGAAAAGUGAUAAGAAUUCCCAGAUUUAACAAAAAAUUCCCUGUUCAUGAACAUGUUCCUUGGAAUGAAAAUUGUGGCAAGGAUUCUGUAUUCUUUCUUUUUAUAAGUUGGAUUUUUUGAUGGUAUUCUUCAUUGUUUGUUAGCUCUGCUAAGUUAAAUGUAUCUGUUAUAGUAUCAUUAUCUGGUUCAUUUAAGAAUAUAUGAAAGUCAUAUAUUUGAACUGCGGAUAAAGACAUGAAUGAAAGUGAUCCUCGCAGUAAUGUGCGCUACUUAGGCAGUAAUGAAAAAUAAGGCCUAAAAAAAAUUCAGGCCUGUACGGGAUUUGAACCCAUGACCUCUCACUGGUAUCACAGAGGUCAUGGGUUCAAAUCCCAUACAGGCCUGAAUUUUUUACAGGCCUCAUUUUUCAUCACUGCCUAAGUAGUGCACAUUACUGCGAGGAUCACUCUCAUUCACAUUAUCUGGUUCAUAGAAAAAGUUAUGAAAAAUUAGAAACUUUCCUGAUGGCUCAGCCACUUAGUCUCUACAUGCUUAACUCUUUACACCCUAACAUCAGUAUGCAUAUUCUCCAUACUGUUCUCUAUACAUUUCCUAAGGUUCUGAAAAGGAGAAUUUGUUGAACAAUCUAGAGUUUCUAUCUUUAGUGAUCAUUUCCUUUUUUGUUGUGACCUUUAUGUGUGAUUUGGGGGUGAUAUUGUAAGGAGAAAUUAGAUGUUUGUCACUCAUAGGGGUUAAAGGGUUAAUGCUACGUGUAAUUCUUCCAACACAAGUAGAGACCAAAAUAUUUUGGUGCAAUCUAAAAACUGUAUAAGGUAGGCAAGUGAUCCAUAUUUAACACAAUAUCAGUUUGUCAGUUCUCCUUACUGUUCUGUACACAUUCCAUAGGGUCAUGACAAGGAGAAUUUGUGCAACAAUCAAGAGUCUCUUGAGUUUGCAAUCAUUUCCUUUAUUCUCAUGACCUCCAUGUUUGGUUCACGGAUGAUACUGUUAGAAAAAAUUAGAUGCCCAUCAAUCUUAGGGUUAAGAUGUCAUAGACAUAGAGAUAGAGAUGUCAGUGACUGUUAGAUUGAUAGAUCAGGUCACAUACUUAAGUGCAGAUUAGAGGAUUUUUGUCAUCCUAUUAACCCCCCCAUCCUCUAAAUUUAUGCAACUAUUUGUCCCCCCUCCACCCUCUGAAUUUGUGCGACUAUUUCCCCCCCCCACCCUCUGAAUUUGUGCAACUAUUUGUCCUCCCCCCCCUCUGAAUUUGUGCAACUAUUUGUUUCCCCUCCCCCACCCUCUGAAUUUGUGUAACUAUUUGUGUCAUCCAAAUUUGGAUGGGUGCUAAUAGAAUUAAAUUCACUUUCUUUUACAGGUGUGCAAAAAGCUUGUUGUGAUUUUCUAGAAGAGCAGUUGGAUCCCUCUAAUUGUUUAGGUAUCAAGGCAUUUGCUGAGACCCAUGGAUGUGAAGAGCUAAGAAAAGCUGCUGAAAAAUACAUCCUGAAACACUUUGUUGAGCUUGUGGAUAGUGAGGAGUUCCUGCAACUUGACAAUGAGGAUCUGGUGUCACUCAUUAAAUGUGACAAUUUAACUGUAAGUUAUUUGUAUUGUUAGUACUUACUGAACUCUGUGUGACUCAAACCCCUGCCAGCUUAAUCCUGUGAAUCAACUGGAAAAAAUCAUCAAUUUUUCAAGAUUUUGGUCAUAUAUUUACUACUGUAAUUUUACCAUUUAUUUAUUAAUACUGUACAUUGUUAAAAGAUCAAGCCUUCCUCCAAGCUUGAAACAAUUUCCAGACUAAGAGUUUUGCCAAGAAUUCUCUUGCUUUCACCAUGAUUAUUAUGAAAAUGUUCAACUUGGCAAAUUAACACAAUCUGUGCAUUUUACGCUUUUUGGUACAGGUGUAUGACAUGUAUCAGAUAUGUACUUCAAUUUGAACCUUGUUUAUUGAUGUAAAAUUGACAGGUGCCAUCUGAGGAGGCAGUUUUUGAGGCACUCAUUUCCUGGAUCAAGCAAAACGAAGUGAAGAGGAAGGCAAUGUUGCCUAAAAUGUUGGAGUUUGUAAGGUUACCUCUUCUCACUCCACGAUACUUGACAGAUGUUGUUGAUGGCGAGGCAAGUAUUUUUACUAAAUGUGUCAUGAUCAUUUUUUAUUCCAAGUUGUCAUUUAAAUCAGUCUAUAGCAGAAACCAUUAGUUGUCAGAUUAUUUUGCGCUAGCUACCUUGCAAAUUGUGAUGAAAGACAGAAAAUUAGUAUUUUUGAACUGAUUCUAACAUCAAUGGCUGGCUUAAAAAAAGUUACUCAUGACAAAUACAUCCCAGAAUGCUAAAGUUCAUGUCUCAGAGAGUUGCAAAUUUCAAAUUUUUCAGGGGCAGGGGAACAUGCCCACUAACCCUUCCCUAGAAGGGCAUGUUGCUUUAUAGGACACUAUGCCUCCUAUACAAGUAUAAUUCAAUUCAGCAGCCUCAGUACUCAGUUCAGAUCAAACAUCUAGUUUAUUUUCUAAUGACAACCCAAUAGCCGUCUUUAUUCUUUUUAUGAUUAUUAUUAAUAUUAGUUAAUAUUCAAUAUUGUCAUUAACUGCAGUAUUAUGUCCAUGGUUGACUUUACAGCAAUUGAUAAGACAAAACCUUGACUGUAGAGAUUUGGUAGAUGAAGCUAAAAAAUACCACUUGAGACCUGAGUGUCGUCAAGCAAUGCAAAACGACAGAACCAAGUCACGUAUUGGCCUGUCAGAAGUGAUGUAUGUACUGGGAGGCUUUGGAAACUUGCAGUCUCCUGUUGAUGUUGUUGAGAAGUAUGAUCCUGCAGCAAAUCAGUGGUCCAUUGUUCAGGUAAACUUCUGCAGGGCACUCAUAGUGAAUCACAUUAAAACAUUGAAAAAAAAAAAAUUUCAAACAUGCAAAAAUUGUUUUUGUUUUAGCUGUAUAUAAGAGAUGUGGCCUGUAUGCCAACACAUGGGAAACAUGCACAUCCUGUUCUGGAGGGUAGCUUUACAAACACUUGUGCCAAGGAUACAUUUAAGUAACCUUUUACAUCCUAAAAAUUGGUACAGUCAAACCUGUAUUUAGCUGCACUGCAUUAAGCAGUCACCUCAUAUUAACCCUUUAACUUCCACAUCAAAAUUGUAAUUCUCCUUACUGUCAACCAUGCAAUUCUUAUAGUUAGUUCAGAGAAUUUAGUAUUGGAUCAACUAAUCAUCCCCAAAUUUACAUUUUUCUUUAUUCUCUUCACAUAUCUGGUUGAUAUUGUAUUGAAAUUGCAAGGAGAAAUUCUGUUUUGGUCGUUCAUGUGAGUUAAAGGGUUUAGCAGUUGGUUUCCAAAUUCCUGACAUUGUUACCCCUUAAUUAAAAUAAUUUUGACCUCUAUUAAGCAUUCAUGGUUACCCUUUACUGAGUCCUGCCUGCCUUUUCGUAUUGUCCUCCACCUUUGUUGAACAGUCACUUUAAGUGAAAACCACUAAAAUACAGCUAAGAAUAAUCUUUCAAGUAAAAAAAUACCAUGUUUGUCUCCCACAAUUAAUGUUAGCAGUAUUUAUGAGUGAGUUUUUGUACAUUAAGUGUCAGUAAGGGAAUAAAAUGGCAAUUUUUAUCGGUUUUGAAAAUACCCCUCUUCUGUGGAACUUGUGCAUGUAUGUAGCAGUCAAUCUGUAUUCAGCCAUUCCUUGUGGGUAACCGCUAAACCCUUAAACUCCCAAGAUCUGAUUGUUAAUUCUCCCCUCUAGCUGCUACACAUUUCCUUGUAAAUCAGUAGAGAGAAUUUAGUGUUAGAUCAAGACAAAAACUUCUCUCUGAUAAGUUGGAGUUUUCUCCAAUACCUGUUGGCGGGAUAAUAUAUGGGUAUUAUAGGGAGAAGUUCUAUGUUAAUCACUUCUUGGAGUUGGAAGGUUAAUACAGGUUCGACUGUUUUCAUAUUCUCCACACUGAGCCCUUUUUCUGUACAUGUUUGCAUGAAGUAGAACAAGCAGCACAAAAAGAAGGGACUUGAUGAAUUGACUCAACAGCAUAUAACAUUUCUAAUCUCACAAAAAUACUUGUCAUCGUUACUUGCUGACCGUGGCAUUUAUGUCUUUCAGCCAAUGAGACGAAAAAGACGGUAUUUAAGUGCUGUUGCUCUGAAUGGAAGGCUAUACGCUAUUGGUGGCUACGAUGCCUCAAGUCGUCUCAAUACUGUUGAGUGCUUUGAUUCAUCGACAUCCCAGUGGUCCGCCAUGACUCCUAUGUUACAGAGACGAGGUUUAGCAGGAGCGACAACUUUAGGAGGUUAGCAGAUUUGUGACAGGAUGCUUUGGUAUCACAAAGAAAUAUGGCAUUCUAAUAUUGUUAACCCUUUCCACCUUAAGAGUGACAAGCAUCUAAUUUCCCCUAAAUCAAACAUUAAAGGAAAUGAUCGCAAACUCGAGGGGCGCUUGAUUAUUAGACAAAUUCUCCUUGUAAAUGUAUAGAGAACAGUAUGAUGAACUUGCAAACUGAUGAGGGUGGAAAGACUUAGGGCAGACCAGGGUUUUGUUUUAGGUCCUGGCGGGUGUCAAUUUGUUCUGUUCUUUCGAAGACACUUCACCAUCACAAUGCGUCUCUCAACCUGGAGUAAAAAUGUGUAUCAGUGAGCUGUUAGGAGUGAUUUAAUUGGGUUCAUCGUAUUUAUAAAAUGAGGAGGCUGUACUACGGUAACGCAGCGGUCACACGUCGGGCAUGCGCGAGGGGGUCAUUCAGGCCGGCUGCGCACCAAUUUCCCGCGCAAAGCUUCAAAGAAAAGGAUAACGAAUAACCACUGUAUCGUUUAUUAAACGAAAGAAUAUUGAAGUAUGUAUAGAAAUCUGUAUGUCAGAUUUGAAAUUGAAAUUUUCUCCUCUGUAUUUUGACCCAGAGAUAUCGUAACUAACUUACCAACAUCGUUUUCUCGGUUUAGUUGCGGUACCUCGUUUUUUUUUCCGCUCGGAUUUAUGCCGCAAGCGGGAGGAGCGCGGGUCAUAAAUCCGAGCGGAAAAAACCGGGUCCGUAACUUACAAUACGGCCCUUGCACUCGGUUGGUAAGAGAUAUUUAUUAGUUGUAGAUAGGUUUAUACUGUAGUGUUAGCUGGAGACAACCUUUUUGCUUUGAAUUUCAGGAAAGAUUUUUGUGGCUGGGGGAUUUGAUGGCACAACAAGACAUACUAGUGUUGAAUGCUAUGAGCCAACGAUAGACAGAUGGACUUUGGUGAGUGAGAUGCAAGCGCCCAGGGAGGGUGCUGGACUGGCUAAUCUUGACGGUGUGCUAUACUGUGUAGGUGGUUAUGAUGGAAACAGCAUUUUAAACAGCAUCGAAAGGUUUGAUCCCAGAACAGGACAAUGGACCGGCUUGUCUCCAAUGAGUACCAGAAGAUCAGGUAUGGCUGAAAUGUGUUACCCUUUACAUCUGAACAUCAGUGUGCAUAUUCCCCAUACUGUUCUACUGUGCAUUUCUUUAACAUGCUGACAAGUGGGAUUGUAAUUUGUAAUGUUUAUCUUUUCAGUUAGUGCAAAGGUAAGAAGCUUCUGGUCGUGUGUAAAAUGAAUCGCGUGAAAAUUUUUUUGUUUUCCUGUCUCCAAACUCUCGAGGAAACGAGGAUCGAGGAUCGAGUAUCGAGGAUCGAGGGACUUUUAAAUUACUCAGUACGGUACUGAACGGAAUUGUGGGAGAAGGAUUUUGGUUGUGUCACUAUAAAAUUUACCUGAUCCUCUCAUCAGGCUGUCUGAUUUUCUCAUGAUCUCCCCCGAGCUGGCAAAUAAUUGGCAGUAAAUUACUAUGUUCCCGUCUUUAUACUCUGGCGAUGACCGAUCACCCUUCCGUUCCCCCCUGAAAACCAUGGGAUACCUCAAAAAUCAUCUAGGCCCCCCUUCCCUGACGAUAGUAAAUAAUGACUGGUUCCUUCUUAAUUAGGUGCUGGGAUAGUAGUCCUUGAUGGGCAGCUGUAUGCUGUCGGUGGCUAUGAUGGCAGCCAACAUUUAUCAUCUGUCGAAUGUUACAGUCCUUGCAAUGAUCAAUGGAUGAACGUUGCAAAUAUGAAGUCCAACCGGUGCUAUGUGGGGACAGCGGUUAUCUGUGGGAAACUGUUUGCUGUAGGUGGCUAUGAUGGUGUGUCUCUUUUGGACUCGUGCGAGAGCUAUGACCCUUCCAUCCAGGAGUGGACGUUGAUGACGUCCAUGGCUACCAGUCGCUGUGAUAUGGGUGUAGCAGUUCUCCUUGGGCAAUAGAUGGAUCUUUAAUGGCUACAACUUGUUGUGAUAUGGGUGUGGCAGUUCUCCUUGCACAAUGGGUCAUCCGUGGCCACAAGUCGCUGUGAGAUGGGUAUAGCAGUUCUCCUUGGACGAGGUCUUCAAUGGCUACAAGUUGCUGUGAUAUGGGUGUGACAGUUAUCCUUGGACAAUAGGUUAUCCAUAGCCACAAGUCGCUGUGAGAUGGGUGUAUGAGUUCUCCCUGUUCAAUAGAUCUCCAACGGCUACAAGAUGCUGUGAUAUGGGUGUGGUAGUUCUCUUUAGACGAUAGGGCCUUCGAUGGAUACAAGUCGCUGUGAGAUGGGUGUAGCAGUUCUCCUGGGACAGCAGGUCUUCGAUGGCUACAAGUCGCUGUGAUAUGGGUGUGGUAGUUCUCCUUGGACAAUAAGUCUUCGAUGGGUACAAGUCGCUGUGAUAUGGGUGUGGCAGUUCUCCUUGGACAAUAAGUCUUCGAUGGGUACAAGUCGCCGUGAUAUGAGUGUGGUAGUUCUCCUUGGACAAUAAGUCUUCGAUGGGUACAAGUCGCUGUGAUAAGGGUGUGGUAGUUCUCCUUGGACAAUAAGUCUUCGAUGGGUACAAGUCGCUGUGAUAUGAGUGUGGUAGUUCUCCUUGGACAAUAAGUCUUCGAUGGGUACAAGUCGCUGUGAUAAGGGUGUGGUAGUUCUCCUUGGACAAUAAAUCUUCGAUGGGUACAAGUCGCUGUGAUAAGGGUGUGGUAGUUCUCCUUGGACAAUAAAUCUUCGAUGGGUACAAGUCGCUGUGAUAUGAGUGUGGUAGUUCUCCUUGGACAAUAAGUCUUCGAUGGGUACAAGUCGCCGUGAUAUGGGUGUGGUAGUUCUCCUUGGACAAUAAGUCUUCGAUGGGUACAAGUCGCUGUGAUAAGAGUGUGGCAGUUCUCUUUGGACAAUAAGUCUUCGAUGGGUACAAGUCGCUGUGAUAUGGGUGUGGCAGUUCUCUUUGGACAAUAAGUCUUCGAUGGGUACAAGUCGCCGUGAUAUGGGCGUGGUAGUUCUUUUUGGACAAUAAGUCUUCGAUGGGUACAAGUCGCUGUGAUAUGGGUGUGGCAGUUCUCCUUUGACAAUAGGUCAAAUUGUUAAAAUUGGAAUUUUUGUUAAGGAGACAUCGACUGCUUAGCAUUCUGGAACAGACAAUCGUAAAUGAAAUAAUGCUGUCUUUCAAAAAAUGCAAACAGCUGUAAGGAAAAAAGGCAAAAGGCCCCAUACACCGCAGGAGUGAAUAGGCUAGAUCUAAUUUUCCUCAGGACAGCGCUAAACCCUUACCGCUAACGUUACUGUUGAUUAGAAAGAGGCGUUGGAAAUCAAUUCAAAUCAAAUCAAGUCCGUCUUUUUGAGCAUGAUAUUAUUUUUGGAACUAGUAAGAUCAUUAUAGUUUAAAGCACUUUUCAACUGAGUUUCGAAAAUAAGCCGGGAUUUCUUAGUUAUUUCUUUACUUCGCUCUGUUAUUGGUCAAAGAAACUCGCGCUAGUCUCUCAACAGACGCAAAACUUGAACCAAUCACGACUUGAGUUCUCAUUGGCUCUUUAGGGUACUUUUCUUACUUCUGAUCGAUGAUUGGCUGUUGUGAUAACUUUGGUUCGGGUUUUAUGACACUCAAUCGAAAAGCGGUCUAAGGUAGAUUAUUUGCUAAUUCACUCCUGGUUGGCGUUUGUUGAGUGGCUGUUUGGUUUUUGUCCUCUACUUUUUUGCUGUUUUUCAUUGCGAUCGUAAUCAUAAUUAUGUUUCAUUUACCAUUGACUUGUAAAUAUUUAUUCAUUAAUAAUUACUGAUAAGCCAUGUAACAUGAAUCUCAGGAGGUUUUAAUCAAUAAAAAAAGAGCCGUUGAUUUUGAACGAUUUUAAGAUCUAUGAUCGGAGCGAAGCAACGUCACCGUGGG